AUGGUGAAACCGGUGCUGCGAACACGAGAGGAUCCCCUGAGCGUCCUCCCCCUCCCGCCCACUAAAGUCCUCAGUCCCCUACUGGCACGUCGUCCAUGUCCCAGCAGUACUCAUUCCGCUGUGGCGUGCACAUGCCCAGUACGCGGCACGCUGUCCUGCACUCUCAUCUCUGACAAAAUUGAGACCAACAUCUCCUGCAUCAUCCAUGACGACUGCAUCCUACCCUGCAGCUUCAACCCCCCCGGCACAGUGGUGAUCCACUGGUACAAGCAGCAAAUACCCGUACACAGCUACUAUUACAACAAGGAUCAGUUUGGGCUCCAGAACAAACACUUCAGCGGGAGGACUUGUCUAUUUAACUCCCAUAUCCCUCAAGGGAACGCAUCUCUCCUGCUCAGGAGGGUCAAAGUUCAGGACAAAGGGAGGUACAAGUGCUACACCAGCACACGCAAGGGGAACCAAGAAAUCUUUGUCAACCUGGAAGUGAAGGCUCUGAUCCACACUGUCAUCAUGGAGUUAAGUGAUGAAAUGGUCACAUGCUCCUCCAACAACAUCUACCCCGCGCCCCUUGUGACAUGGGCCACAGUCCCCCCCUCUACACAGGAAUCUUUUGAGAAUGUCACCACAAAAACCACAGACCACAAGGGACUUUUCAACGUACAAAGUUCAGUGAAGAUUCAGGGGAACGUCUCUGAGUAUACCUACUUGUGUUCAUUUGUGUCAGCGGACAAGACCCAAGUGUGGACCGCCUCUCGGAAAAAUCAAGUGAUGACACAGGAAGAGGGGCACACACUGUGCAUCCCCUGCAUUCUCCCACACGGUCUUCCCAAUUUCACCCUCAUCUGGACCUUCACUUCCUCCAGUGAGCCCACAGUAAUUGUACGAUACGACAGCAGACACGGCGGACACACCGUCAACCUAUGGGAGGGUUUAGCCGAACUGGACGAGGAGCACCUCCUGCUGGGUAAUGGAUCCCUUUUGCUUCACAAGCCAGACAGUGAAGAGCACUCUGGGACGUACGCGUGCAUCUUCACAGGCCAGCAGAGCCGACUCAUUGUUCAGACCAAUGUCAACAUCACCGUGGCAUCAAUGGGUGAGUGUUACACUGCUCAGAAAGAAAGAAAAAAAUACCAGAAAUAA